CAUUAAUCGUUGGCAGCUUGCAGAAUAUUUUUCGAGAGCCGGUUAAGUUAAACGCAGGGUUCACUUGCUCUUUUGAAACCAAAAAUACAAGGGUCGCGAAAGAUGGCAGGUUUAAGUUGUGGCAUGACUUGUAUGAAAUAUCUCUUACUGGCGUUUAAUCUAGUUUUCUGGAUCGCCGGAAUCGCAGUACUUGGAGUUGGGAUCUGGAGUCGUGUCGCUGCCAGUGAUUACGAGGCGAUACUUGGUGACACUGACACUGACAAGGCAGCAAAUAUUUUGAUUGCAUCUGGAGUUCUCGUGCUCAUAAUUGGAUUUGUUGGAUGCUGUGGUGCUAUGAAAGAGAACAAAUGUUGUCUUUUACUGUACUUUGUCCUUGUAUUCCUCAUUUUCAUUCUCGAAAUUGCUGCUGGAAUAAUGGCUUACAAAAAUCGUGACAAGAUGGAAGAAGAAGUGAGUAAAGCAAUCAACAUAACUGUGUUUAAAGAAUAUGGAAAUCCAGAUCAUACAAAAGUCACAAAGGCCAUCGACUUUGCCCAAAAACAUAUUAAAUGUUGUGGAGCAACAAGCUACAAUGAUUGGAAAUAUUCCUAUUGGGCCAACCACACGUCAAAGAAUGAAGCUGUGCCAUCUUCAUGCUGCAAUAAUAAAGACAUCGCCAAUUGUACACAGGAUCCUCUGAACCGUGACAAUAUUUUUCAAGAGGGAUGCAUUCAGGGUAUGAAAGAUUGGGCGAAGGAGCAUCUGGUUGUAAUUGGAGGGAUUGGCGUGGGUAUUGCUGUCAUUCAGGUUCUUGGAAUGAUAUUUUCAAUCUGCUUGUUCCGGGCGAUUGGUUAUGAGAAAAUUUAGAGAUAAAUAUCUUAUACAAUUGUAGUAUAUGUUUAAACGGUUUUCGAAGUUUUCUUCAGAGAGUUUAAAAAUGUAAUUAUCUGGUAUUUAAAGUUAAUUAACAAUAGUAACAAAAAUUGUGGUAAUAAAUAUGUAAGAUAGUUAUGUAAAAACACCUCCUUCGUUGUUGGAUGUAUAACCCACAAUGUUGGUUAUACAUCGUUAUCACAAAAUUCAAAAGAAACGUUGGAGGCUCUGCUUGCAUUGUUUUGAGCAUUGUACCAAGUGAUCUAUUGUUAAUAUAUUAGCCAAUCAGCGCUCAGAAGGGUUUUAGCAAAAGAAAUCCAUUCUAGCGUUAUUUAAUCGAUUAUAUCUUUGUUGAUUAUAUCCUUUAUGAACUAGUCGAUAUUUUGUGAUCAUAUGUAUAUUAUAAGAACUAUAGUUCUGACAUAAAUUUGAAACUGAAAUAAAGUAUAUUUCAAGAGA